AUGAAAACAUACUUAGGCUUAGGAGCAGCUGCUCUUCUCAGUUCAACACAAGCAAAGACUCAUCACAAAUAUUCCAAUGGAAGUGAUGAAAACUUGAGAGUUUCAACAAUUCCACAUUUCUCUGGAUAUGGCGAGAUCAAAAACGUAUAAGACAAUAAUGACUACAAAAUGACUAGCCUUGUAACUCCAUGGAUAUACCGUUCACUUUAAGUUAAUGAUCCGAACUUGAGAUAUUCUUCUAUUUAUGAUGAACAUAAUGUAUAAGGUCUUUCAUCGAGUAAUAGAAGACCUGAUGAAUACAUUUUUGGAUCACCUCCUGACCUUAACGUACAAUAUCAAAAGAGAGGAGGAUGCGAUUUCUGUGAUAAAAUGGAUCAACUAAAAGUGCAAGCACAGGAAUAGGAGGCUGCAACAAUUGUUAAGCCAUGGAACUCAUACUUCUUCCCUGACAUGCUAAGAACAAAAAAGAUUUAAUCUCACAUUGACAAGUUGAACUCUGAAAAGCUUGAUGUAUAACCUAAGAAAGUUUAUAGAUCAAGAAGUGAAUAUCCAAAAGUCUAAGCACUAUGCAAAACAGAAAAUGGAUCCUGGGGACCAUGUGCAAAUGACAGCAGCUUUUCUAGAAUUUCGGAUGAUUUCCCUAAAGUAUAACUUAAAUGUAUUCAAUCUGAUGGCUCUUGGGGAUCAUGUGGUAACUCAGCAAUGAAAAAUAAUUAUCUUAAAGAUCAUCCCUUAACAAUCACAAAUUAAGAACCUGAAAAGAAGAUUGAUUUGCAUAACCCAUAUGCUAAUAGUUGGUACUUCUCGAAACCCACUAGUUAGAAUCCUUAAGUUGAAUCUCCAUACUAUGAUUAUGUUCCUCAUGUAGAAUCUCCUCACAACUUCAGAUCAACAGAGUACAACCCACAUGUUGAACUUGACUAUUAUAAUAAUGAUUAAGUUUCACUAGAACCAGAUAAUGUUGAGACUCCCAUGCUUUUGACUGGAAACUUUAGAUACAAACACCGCAAGAGCCAAGAAUAACCAAACAUACAGAAGCCCUUAUUAGGAAUGCCAAUUGAUAACAAAUAGUUAGAUAAGUUUGAAAGUAAACACAAGCAAGAAAAAAUUCAAGAGAUGAUUGAAAAGCAAGAUUCAGAUUUAUUCAACAAGAAAUUCCAAGAUCACAUUCAGAAAAAAUAGAAUGAAAUCGAAAAUCAUCAUCAUUCUAAUGCCAAGUCAACUGGUUCAGUUAAAAUCGAAAAUUAUGAUGCUUGA